GAAUAAAAAUUAAAUGUGUAACCCAUGGGUUGAAUUAUUCAUGAAAGAAUUUUUAAAAAAUGGAGGAAGAGAAGAUGUGGCUGCAUUGAUUCAACCGUGCUGACAUCUGCUGUUGCUUCGGGCAAGUGUGACCAUUCAGUGUUAAAGUUGCGGUGCUUGAUGACAAGGUCCAUUCACUGCUGUUAUCGCUAUGGCUAUGUGAUACUAGGAGACGAACAUGGCAGAGUUUAUCCGUGGUGGCUGCGGUGUCAGCGUCAUGUCAAAGGAAAAAUUACACGGUUCUCCGAGUACCGGCAGUGAAGAAGGGCACGAUGGGGCAAUAGCUGACGAAUUCGAUCCUUUUAUGGCCGACCCAGAAGAAAUUGUCGGAAAUGAAACUGUACCGAACGCUCCGCCUGAAACCCAAUGGUAUCAUGGCAGGUUGGAUCGGUAUACAUCUGAAGAAAGACUUUGUCAAGCUGCUAAAAUGGGAAGCUACCUAGUUAGAGAGAGUGACAGAAAGCCUGGUUCCUAUGUGCUUUCUUACUUGGGAAAAACUGGUAUAAAUCAUUUUCGAAUUACUGCAGUUUGUGGUGAUUUUUACAUUGGCGGAAGGCAGUUCUAUUCCCUCUCUGAUCUUAUCGGAUAUUACACUAACUGCUCCGAUCUCCUGAAGAGAGAAAGGUUGGUGCAUCCUGUGCCACCUCCUGAACCAGUUAACGACAAGAAAAGAGUUGUUGCAAUCUUGCCAUAUACUAAAAUGCCUGAUACUGAUGAACUAAGCUUUCAGAAGGGAGACAUAUUUUUUGUUCAUAAUGACAUGGGCGAUGGAUGGCUCUGGGUCACAGCACAUAGGACAGGAGAGCAGGGGAUGAUUUUCAGAGAUCUAGUGGAUGAUCUUGAUGAUAGUAUAGAUCCAAAUACUGUAUUUAAUUGGUUUCAUCCCUCCGUUACAAAAAGUGAAGCUGUUGACAUGUUAGUUAAAUGUGGACCUGGAAGCUUUCUUGUCCGACCAUCUGAUAAUUCCCCAGGGGAUUAUUCACUUUUUUUUCAUAUCAAUAAUCAGAUACAAAGGUUCAGAAUCGAGAAAAAAGGAGUACGUUACCUCAUGGGAGGAAGGACGUUUGAGUGUCUGGAUGCUGUUAUCAAUCGCUAUCGCAAGGAGCAAAUUGUUGAAGGGCAUACAUUACUUCAACCAGUAUGCAGGACAAUGUCUGAAAGCGAUGGUCCUGUUAAAUCAAAGGAGGUGCAACAUGCUGAGAAGAUAUACGCGACCUUAAGGGAAUGCAGAGAACAAGUUGGACUUAAAAAGAUCAAAGGAAUCAAGAUGCAGGGAUAUUUGAGUAAAAAAAGUGAGAAAAAUAAGAAAUGGAAAUCGAUGUAUUUUGUUCUUAUUGUUGAUGGAACUGACACUCACUUGAUGUUUUAUGAUAAUCCUAAGAGAACUAAACCUAAAGGUCUGACUGAUUUAUCAUGUGCUUACCUGUAUCAAGUUCAUGAUAGUGUAUUCGAGAGGCCGAAUUGCUUUCAAAUAGUAGAGCGUGCAUUGCCCUGUUUAGCUACCACAACAUACCUCUCUGCAACAACAGGUGAUAUCGCACAGGAUUGGAUUAGUGCAAUCAAGCCAUUGUGUGUGGCUCAGAUGACUCGCUCUCCGAAGGUACAACGAUUACGGGAGCUGCGAUGCCUUCAGUUGCAUAUUCUUGAAGCACACAGAAUUCCUUAUAAGUUUGUGCCAAAUCCUUUUUGUGUCAUUUCAUUAAAUCAAGUUAAAGUUGCAAGAACUAAGGUGAAAAAUGGUCCAGAGCCUUUCUGGGAUGAGGAAUUCGUUUUAGAUGACGUACCGCCGGAUGUCAUCACUUUCACUAUAACUAUCUACAAUAAAGGAAAAAGAUCCAAAGAUACAGAAAUCGCUGAAGUCACAGUUGAGCUUACCUCUUUGACCAAUGGUGAUGAGGUAGAGGACUGGUACUGUCUCUCUGGUGUGACACCGAUGGGCGAAUGGGGCUCUUUGCGAUUAAGACUUCGCUAUCUUCACGAUCUCAUCAUGCCGAGAGAGGAAUAUUCACCAAUACAGGAAUUGAUACUCGACCCAUCGUUGGAAGUUGUUCGAGCAUUGGCUGACGUUUGUCAUUUAGACAGGGUGCCUCUGGCUAAUUCUUUGCUUAGAAUAUUCAGGCAUGAGAAACGUGAAGCAGAUCUCUUGAAGUCUUUAAAUGAUGCUGAAAUAGAAAAAGAAGAAGAAACGUCGACACUGUUUAGAGCAGCGUCUCUUACUACAACUCUGAUGGAUUUGUAUAUGAAAUCAGUUUGUACCGGUUUCUUACAAUCAGCUGUUCAGGAUAUAGUUUAUAAAUUACUUGAAGCAAAACAAUCUUGUGAGCUAAACCCAAAUAAGAUGGAGACUCCAGAUGAUGCUUGUGCUAAUGCUGAAUUUCUUUUGCAAGUACUGGAUGAAGUAACUCUUUCAAUAUUUAUGUCUGCUGAUGCAUGUCCAAAAACUGUUAGAUACAUUUGUGGAUGCCUGCAGAAAUCUGUUAUGGGUAAAUGGCCCCAUGAGAGAUUUGUAAGGACAAGGGUUGUCAGUGGAUUUAUAUUUCUUCGACUCCUUUGCCCAGCAAUUCUCAACCCAAGGCAGUUCAAUCUUAUCUCAGAACCUGCGCCUCCUAUGGCUGCGAGGUCACUAAUAAUGGUAGCUAAAUGCCUUCAGAAUCUGGCUAACCUUGUCGAAUUUGGUGGAAAAGAACCAUACAUGGAAGUAGUCAACCCAUUUAUUUUGAAAAAUAAAGAGAGGAUGGUUGUCUUUCUCGAUCAGCUAUCUAAUAUUACUGAUAAACCAGAAAGUGAAGGUGAGAGAGGAAAGGGAGAUCCAGCCAGAGAUCUUGGAACUCUGCACCAUAUAUGUGUUUCACAUUUAAAAGAGCUACAGCUUUUAGGCAAAAAUCACGCAACUUUGAAGAAAUUGGUGACUGUAACAGAAAUGCUUAGCAAGCAUAAACAGAAGUAUCUUGAAAUGAUACGGUAGUUUAAUAAACUACAAAACAAUGGUCUUCAUGUUUUCAGGGAGAGGGAAUUAAGAAAUUAACUGCUCACACCACUUUUGCGCAGAUCCCUCGCAGUCAUAGCUGUAUUUUUAUAUUCCAAGAAUCUCAGUGUCGGCACUCCGAUUUGAGGUAAUUGUGCCGUUAGUUUUAUAUGUUAUAAGUAUGUGUAUUUGUAAAAAGUCUGUUUACAAAUGUUUAGUUUCUUUAGCUGUAGUAUAAAUGUAUAUAAUAUUAAGAUGAAAUUCAAUUGGAAAUAAGAAAAAAAAAAAAAAAAAAGCUUUUAUAUAAUAUAAAAUCUGAAAUCAUGUUAUUUUUUGUGUUAUGAAUAAUGCAUUUAAAAAAAUCUACAAAAUUAUAUAUAUGGAAUUUUGGUGUUCAUAAACAUUUUAAGUGUUUUUAGAAUAAAAUUUCUGUGUGUUAGUUAUAAAUUGUUGUUUAAAAAGAAGAAAAUUAAAUAUUCCUUUAAACCAGAAGAAUUGGUUUCUAGUAUUAAGAUUGAAAUUUUAUUGUUUUGAAACUAUUAUAACAAUAGCUAACUUUUCUUAUCAUAUUCUAUUCUUAAUGAAGUUUAAAAAGUUAAUAAACAUUUAAGUUUUGUUAUUAUCAUUUUCAAAAUGGUACUUUAUACUCCACUCUGUCGGACACCACUAGGAACUUAAAUAAAUGGCACUUUUUUAAAGAGUCUUUUAAACAAAUGUCGUUCAUUCUUACAAGACUUAUCAGAAUUAUGAAUCAUAUGGAUAUUAUUGGAUAUAUUUUAGAAUUGUAAGGUUUAUUCAAAUGAAAUUAAUUUAAACAUGAAAUUUUAAAAGCUACCUUUACAUUCAUCUUGAGUAUAAAUUAAAAAUAUAUAUAUAAAAAUAGGUAUGAAGAAUGUUUUCAAUUUAAUAUUUUUAAUCCUACGUAUUUUCGAUACAAAUGCUAACUGUUGAAUAUGAAAAAAUGAAAAAUUUUCAAUCCUGUACUCUAGCAAUUGUAAUUGUAAUUAAAUAUUUUUAAAGAGCGAAUAGAAAAUCUUCAAACAUUCAUAAAAGCACAUAUUAGUGUGGAAAUUAAAACAUCUUCGAUAAUGAUAUUAGAGUAGUUUUUCUCUUUUUUGUUGCCACUUUCCCCCUCUCCUCCCCAUUAAACCUGUAAUGUGCUUAAGUGUGUUUUCAUGUGGGAGUCCUUUUUUUUCUUUUAUUAUUUUAAUGGUUACUCUCUUCUGCUUUGACACAGUUAAUAUAAACAAAUUCAUUUACAAAAAUAAGAAAUUUCACCAUCAGUAUUUCUCAAUACGUUAAUAUCUAUAUAUUGUGACUAGAGACCAGAUUUUCAUGUUAUUGCACAUUUUGUUCGCUUUGGUGUAAAAACUUCAAACCUGACAAUAUAUCCGUUUCAUGAUCUGUAGAAUAAUAUAUUGAAAUUUCAUUUUGCACAAAAUUGUAUGUUUUACAAUUUAAGUACUAAAUUUCAAUUUUAACUGUAUAAAGUAAGAUACUUAACCAAAUUUUCUUUAUGACACAUACAUGGGUAUGUAUUCAAAUAUUUAUUUACAUUUAUUAUAUAUUAUAUUAAGUUGGCAGUUGAGAACAGGGAUAUCUAACCCAUGGACAGUAUAAAACUGGAAAUAGUUUUUUAUUUUUUGUUCUCAAUUUUUUUAUUCAAAAUAAUAUUUUCAAGUUAUCAUUCUAGGAUCAAAAGAUAUUUUCGACUCGUAUUGUUUGAUAUAGGUAACAAAAUUACUAUCCAAGUACACACAUUUUAUUGUACAAAUAACAGUAUAAUUGGGUGUAACAUAUUUAAUAAUUUAAUUUAAUGCAAGUUGAUAUAGACACUUAUGAAGUCCCUCAUCAUCAUAGUUUGUUAUUCGCGAUUCCAAAACAUAUGUAUAUAUAUUUAUUUUGUAGUUUUCAGACAAAUAUGAAAGUAUUUAUAAACAAAUGUUAUAUUUCUGCUUGGCUGUAUGUUGUUUGACAAAAUGCUGCCAGGUUAGGUGAGAGACUAUGGAUUUUAAUAAAAGCAAAAUAGCUUAACUCACGAUCCACUUUUUUAAAAAUUUAAAUCAAUCUACUGCAGUAAAAUCAAUCUUCAAUUUAAAAAUGUACCGUUUUUUAAAAAUAUAUAAUUAAUUUUUCGUAAGCUGAUUUUCUUUAAUAUUGAUUUAGGUUAAUCGUUGUUCAAUUUAAAUUAGAAUUAGAUUUUUCUCAUGUUACUAAACGUUAACCUAACUUCAAUUUAGAGCCUUUAACUCUUAACAUAACAGUUAACAAGCAUUAAUAUUAUAAGUUAAACAAAAACUAUGAUUUUGGCAUGUUAUGGCUUUUGCAGUUUUACACUUUUGGAGUUUUUACUGCACUAUUUUCAGUUUUAUAUUGCACAUUUUUCAGUGUUUUACUAAACAAAAAUCCGGUCUCUAGUUAUGUCUAAUAAAUAUUAUGAAUUUUAAAUCAAAAGAAUGAAUUAAAUAUGGCUUCAUUAAUAAAAAGUAGAGUUAAAUAUAUAUAUAAAAAAAGAGAAUCAAAAUCUAGAACAGAUAUCUAUUAUCGAUAUUCAAUUUCAGUAUAUUGUAGAUCACAAACAGAUAUUCUAGGUAAUCAUAAUUUUUUUUCCUGCUGGUGUCUAAUAUUAAACCUUAAGUACCUUCUAAAUUUUAAUUAUAUCAUAAAAUUGUUUUGAAUUAUCAUGAUAGAUUUAAUUAUAUAAUGUUCUAGAAACCAUUCUGCUAGGUCAGGUUGUCACUCACAACUUUGAUUUAGUUGGCUGUGAUACUACACACAAAACUAAGUGAUUAGUUGAAUGUGUAAUGUUUAUUUUUUGUUUUUAUUUCAGUAAUUAAUCUUUUAUUUAUUUAUGAAAGUCUUAAGCUUACGAACUAUAGUAAAUAAUAGAUUAUGAAGUUUUUUUAAUAAUUAUGCUCAAUUGAUGGUGAUUGAAUUCUAUAUUUAUGUUUGUUAUUAUGGAAUAGCAUUGGUUGUGGGUGACAACCUUUAAAAAGAGAUGUUAUAAGGCCUAAGUUGUUUUAAUAUUUACAGUUUUGUUUCUCAAUUAUAUCAUAUUGUUGUGGAUUUGUUUUAAAAUUUUAUUACGUAUGUUUGGUCCAUAAAGUUUAUAUAUGCAAUUUAUACAUAAAUAUAUUGAAAAAGAGACUGAAGAACUUGGCCUAUGUUGUCAAAUUUCAUUCUCUGUUAUUUAAUUUCCUUGAUGUGUUUGUGUCCUAUUCAGGUUAAAUGGCAUUUAUUUAUUUUAUUUUUUAUAUAGCAGGCAGUGGUGAUUAUUAUUCAGUCUCGUAAAUAGUCAGAUAUAUUUCUGUUUUUUUAAAUGUUUUUUACAUGAUAUAUUUGUGUUUUUUUUAGAUAUAUUACAUUUUUUUUUUUUUUUAUUCUAUCUAGAUAUUUAUUUUUAUUAUCAUCCAAUGCAUAAUUGAUGAAGAGACAUUACUUAUUAUGUGCCAAUUUAUCAUAACCUUAAUAUAAUAUUCCCCUUCAGUGUUUGGUAUUUAGAUUUUUUAAAAAUAGUAUUUUAAAUUUGACUUUUUACUGUUUCUUGUGUAUAUCGAAGCUUCUUUUCAUGUGAUAAUGCAUCCAAUCAUUUACUCAGAGCACUUAAAAAUGAAACAGUAUAUAAGAUGAAUGAAAAUGCGCAACUAGUGAAUUAAUAUCGAUUGCUGCUGUUGAGGAUUGUUUGAAUUGGGAACCAAGACAUCUCACAUCUCUCUAUAAUACCCAUUUUUGACGUAUGGGAUGUUUCAAGUUCACUUGUGCCCUUCCUUCAACUGGUUGAAUUGCGACAAUGACCAUGAUAUAGUUCUAACCAUCCUAUUUUGAUCACAUUUCAUAGAGGGCUACAGGUUCUAGAAUCAUGCUAAAGCAUCAGAGGUUGCUUGAUUACUUCUAGUAAUUCCUUUCUAGUGAUGUAUUAACAAAAAAAAAAUUGUUUCUUGAUCUGGAAAUAAGAACAAUCAAGAUCUUCAAUAAUAAUUGAAUGACGGAAUGGUUUUUAUGGUGAAAGCUUGGCUUUUAUCAUCUCUUCAUGCAUUGAUAGAGAAAUGAAUCCAUCUAUCUAUUUCUGAAUGAUAUUGUUCAUGCCAUGAUUUUGGUAUAGCAUUACGUGUUGUUUGUUUUGUGUACAGAUUAUCUUCUAUGAUAACAUUUUGAAACUCUGGAUCUCUAACUAAUCUCAAAAUGAUUUCCAUUUUUUUCUUUUCACCUCUCGUAGCCUAAAUCGUAAAUAAAAUUGGUCACACUUUCAUCCUUAAAUUGCAGCAACACAUUGUAUUUGGUUUAUUUUUCUUUGGUCUCAGUGAAAAUUGCUUUUGUUUGGAAAAAUCGAGCAAUCACAAAACAAAAAAAAUACUGUUUCAUUUAUCUGAAAUGGAGUAAUAGGUUGAAAAUACACUAGCAUGAGCAAUUACUUCAUUUUAUAAAUUUCAUUCAUUAUGUUUAUGUCCUGAAAAAUUAAGUUCAUUGAAGUUUUCCCAAAUACUAACCAGUUAACUCAUAAGUUGAAUAUAAUUUAUAUUAAUCACAUACAAUUUAAUUAGUUAUUUCAGAAACAAAACAUAUAAUUUUUAAAUUUAAGAAAACCAUAAAAAAACUAUUUCAUACUGAAAUUUUCAUAAAUAAAAUUAUGCACAAAUACAUAGUGUAAUCUUCACACUAUUUAUGUAAUAUGUUUUCUUAAAUUAAAAUAUGUGUCAAUGAAAAUUGUAUGCAGAAAGAGUUUCAAUUUAAAAUUGUUAACAAUUAAACAUGUGCUAGCUUUAAAAUAAUUCAAUAAAAUAAUUUUACAUUAAAAAAAAAUAUAUAUUAAAGGUUUGAAUUGAAUGAAUUUAUCCACUUUAAAUGAAAUAUUGCGAAAACCCAGUAAUAUGUUCAAAAGAAUAUUUAGUAAAUUCAAGGAUCAACUAAAAAAAAAUUAGAUAUUACCAAGCUUUAUAGAAACUAAAAAGAUAAUAUUAAACAGUAACACACUUUAAACAGAUUGUUAUAAAAUUAUGAAAGCUGGAAUAUUUAUAGGCUUGGUUAUUAUAGCCAAAAUAAAUGAUUGGGGACUACUAACGGGGCAUCAACCAUUUAUGAAAAGUGAAAAGCCUUGUUCUCUUGUAUGUACGUUUUAAUGAUUUUGGAAAGUAGUACUCAAGCUCAAUGACGGCUCAUUUGGUGGUUUGAUGGAGGCCUUAGAAAUUUUAUUAAAUGAAAAUAUGAUUUUGUCAUCUUAUAAAACAUGAUUAUAUUAAAUAAUUUCUCACUAAAAUUAACAAUAAAAAUAUUAAAUUUGGCAUUAGUCAUUCUAUCAACUAAAAGGCUCAUAUACGCCUAGAGAUUUAAAGUACAUUUGUAUAUUUAACCUAUAAAUGAUUAUGGAUUUUACUUCUAUUAGU